UGUCAAAAUGGCAUUAUGGAAAAGAAACAACAUUGUUGCUCCCUUCAUCACUGAAAACUGAAAAUUAUGCAAACAUUAGGCCGUUCCUGUUCCUGCUCCUGCUUCCGAACCCCAUCUCUUUCUCCCAAAUUUCCAUGGAAGAACUCCUCUCUCCUCUUCUGCAACUCAACCAACAAUUUUACCGCCAUUAGAGCUUCUUCUUCUUCAAUUGACAGUUUAGACGAAGAUGGUAAAAAUGGAGUUACCGCGAAAGCGUCAGGAACAAGCGCCAGAGGUAGAAGACUCCUGAAAUUGCGUGAAGAGAAGCACCGUAGAGAACACGAACGCCUCCAUAAUUACCCUUCUUGGGCGAAAGUUUUAGAAGAUGCGUGUAAGAAUGAUUUGGAACUUAGAACACUUCUUGGAGAUAGUAUUGGUAAUCCUGAACUCAUGCGCAAAAGGGUUGAGGAAAGAGUUAGGAAGAAGGGGCGAGACUUCCAAAAAUCUAAGACUGGCUCUGUCCUUGCAUUCAAAGUCAGCUUUAGAGACUUUAAUCCUCUAGAUUCAUACAUCUGGGUGGAACUGUUUGGGUCACCAUCUGAUCGGGAUGUCGAUCUGUUUGGAAGUGUUAUCCAAUCUUGGUAUGUGAUGGGACGCUUAGGGGCUUUCAAUUCUUCAAAUUUGCAGCUGACGAAUUCGUCAAUGGAGUAUGACCCCCUGUACGAUGCUGACAAGGCUCUUAAUGUGAUGCCUUCAUCAUUCCAUGAUAUUGGUGAUGUUGAAUUUCAGGAUAAUUGGGGCCGGUUUUGGGUAGACCUUGGUACUUCUGAUGUUUUUGCCAUCGAUGUUCUGCUGAAUUGCUUGACCGUGUUAAGCUCGGAGUAUCUUGGUAUCCAACAAGUAGUUUUUGGUGGUCGUAAAAUGGGCGAUUGGGAAGAGGGGAUGACUAAUUCUGAGUUUGGUUACAAGUUCUUUAAAAUAUGAAUUCGAUUGGAUUUGGAGUGCGUCGAGGCGGAUAUCGGGCAUGCAACAACAAACACAUAUCAACUAAAAGACAAAUAGCUAAAAGACAAAAAAGGAAGUACCAUUCAUGUAAAAAAAGUACCAUUCUAAUACCAUUCUGUAAAAAAAAGUACCAUUUGUGUUUAGAAAAGUACCAUUUAAUUUUUUUUUUGUCCUUUUUCCUAUUUUGUCUUAUGUUCUGAUAUGUAUUUGGACACACAUAUCAGAUAUGUGUUUUUACUUCCUCUUGGAUUUGGUUUCCAAGAUUCUGUAAAGAGGAUUGCUUUGUUGGAACAUUUAUAUUUUAAACUAGAUUUUAGCCCGUGCGAUGCACGAAUUCUACUAAAUUUUUAAGUAAAAAUAAAGCUUUAUGGAGUAUUGUAACUACUAUAUUUUAUACUUCCUCUAUUCUUUUUUAAAUGACUCAAUUAUUUAGGCA